ACAGAUUUGUGGAUAGAUAACCAAACUGGUGAUAUUAUAUGAUGAAUUUAAUCAGUUGUCGAUUGAAUCGUGGUCACGAUCGACAUGAUCGUUAGUUCAAUCACAAUGGUGUUGAAAGAGACUCAACCAAUAUACCAAUGGACAAACGUCUUCAAUCAGUACUAUGGAACUAUUUUGGGCAGUGCAUUAAUUUUCAAUCAAGGAUUUAUGACUGGUUUUAUGUCGACUGCUCUAGUAGAAUUUAGCUCAGAAAUGUCACCACUAGCAUCUGGACCACUGACAAAUGAACAAGUCUCCUGGGUUGGAUCAAUAUCCUGCAUUGGGAGUUUAAUUGGCACAUUUUCCUUUGGAUAUAUUGCAAAUGUAUUGGGCUGUAAACGGUUCAUGCUGUUCACAGUGAUUUCAUUUAUUGUAUCAUGGUUACUUAUUGCACUCGGAAACGAUUACCUAUACAUUCUGUUGGCACGACUCAUCGGUGGAUGGGCUGGAGGGAGUCUGCCUCCUGCGCUCGUAUUAUAUAUUUCCGAGAUAUCAAAUAAUGACAUUCGAGGUCGUCUUGGGAGUUUUCCACUCGUUUUGUUCAAUAUAGGUGUUUUGAUUUCUUACAUUCUUUGUGCUGAAGUUGACUACAAAUACGUACCAUAUAUUUGCUUUUGGAUUCCAAUCGUUUUUGCUGCCAUUUUCACAAUGUUACCGAAUACACCACAAUACUACCUUCAUAAUGGAAAAUUUUUGAAUGCAGAGAAUUCAGUGAAAUAUUACAAAAAUUACAAAGGACUAUGUAGUGAGGAAGAUGUUGCUCUGUACAACGAGUGCGAACGAUUGAAAUCGAUUGCAAAUACACGCAGAACUGAAGUGAAACUUUGCGCCGCGGAUUUUUUCACUAAAUCGGCGAUAAAGGGCAUUGGCAUCGGCAUUGCUUUGUGUACGAUUGGACAGUUUACAGCAAAAUUUCCUAUUAUCAGCUACGCGGUGAUGGUUUUUCAAAAAACUGGAACAUCAUUAGAUCCAUAUGCCUCAUCAAUAAUGAUGGCUAUAGCACUAAUUAUUGGCUCAUUGACAACCACUUACUUUGCAGAUCGACUCGGUCGAAAGGUUUUGAUUAUCGUUUCCUUGCUUGGUUCUGCAUUUGCUCUACUCGCAACAUCAAUGUAUCAUUAUCUCUAUUUGAAUGGCUACGAGUUAUCUUCAUUUGCCUGGGUGCCAUUGGUGAGCCUAUCGUUUGAUGUUUUCAUUUCGUCGGCGGGCAUCACGCCUUUGAUGAUGGUUUGCAGCGUUGAGAAUCUUCCCCCAAAGAUUCGAACAUUUGGCAUGUCAAUCAUUAGUUUUAUGAUGAAUAUCAUCGCGUUUGUAUCGAUGAAGCUCUUUCCCAUACUUCUGGAAACGCUAAACUUGUACCCAUGCUUUAUGAUCUAUGGAGUCGGCUGCAUUGUGGGAACUAUUUUCUUUUAUCUUGUUUUGGAAGAUACCAGCGGAAAGUCACUCGACGAUGUAGGCAUAAAUGAAGACGCAAAGAUGACUCAUACACUAAGUGGUCGCAAUUAUAAUACAUUCAGCACGUAUGUAGAAAGGAAGAAUAGCGUGUAAGAUUCUUAUAGUAUAGCAACGACGUAAAAUUAUUAUCAAAUAUGGCCUAUUUAUCAUGAACA